GAGCUUCAUCAGGAACGGCAGCCCCGCUUGGUUGGAUUACGGCUUCUACUAUGCCUCGAAAUCAUUCUAUGACCCGAUCCUCAAGAUCCAGAUCAUCUUUGGCUGGAUUGGAGAGCAUGGACCGGCAAAAGGGUGGUCCGGUGCGCAGUCCUUGCCGCGCGCGGUGGAAUAUGAUG